AUGGCGACGUUCUUGAUGUGUGGUCAAGAGGCAGCAAAGCACUUUGUGUUUGACGAAGGAUAUAUCAAUCUCAACCAUGGCUCAUACGGAACACACCCCAUCGAAGUCAGAUCUGUGCAUCGCAAGUACCAGGAACGAGCAGAGGCAAGACCAGAUACCUUUGUCCGUUACGAGCUGCGCACUCGUCUUCUCAAGGAAGCAAGACAAGCUAUCGCAGACUACGUCCACGCUCCUAUAGAGACAUGUGUUCUAGUACCAAAUGCAAGCACUGGCAUAGAUACGGUCUUGCGCAACUUGAUCUUCAAGCCACAAGAUGCUGUCAUUUGUUUUUCAACGAUCUACCCGGCGUUUAUGAAUACAUUGGACUAUCUGGCAGAAAGGAGCGAGUUCAGCAUCCUCAAGAUUGAGCAUGACCUUUAUCUCUCGGACGACGAGAUCUGCAAAGUCUUCGAAAAAUUCUUGGAAAAGAUCUCGGAUGAUGGAAAGAAAGCCAAACUCGCAAUAUUCGAUACCAUCACUUCCUUGCCAGCUAUUCGAAUGCCUUUCGAACGCCUGACCGAAAUCUGUCGUUCACAUGGGGUGUUAUCAUGCAUCGACGGCGCUCACGGAGUCGGUCAACUCCACCUCAAUAUAUCUCAGCUCGAUCCAGAUUUCUUUGUCAGCAACUGCCACAAAUGGCUCUUUACACCUCGAAGCUGCGCAGUCUUGUACGUCCCGGCCCGAAACCAGCAUCUCAUCCGCUCAACACUACCUACUGGAUUUAAUUUCCGCAAGAAGGAGAAAGCAGCAAAGUCCAACAACUAUGUGGCCAAUUUCGCGGCUGUGGCUACGACUGACGAUACGCCGUAUCUCUGCAUUCCUGCUGCAUUGGAAUGGCGUAAGCGUAUCGCUUUUGGUGAAAAGACUGGCGAAGAAGCAAUCAUCAGCUACAAUAAAGAGCUUGCACGGAAAGGUGGUCAACUAGUGGCAGACAUACUAGGCACAGAAGUCUUGGACAAUGAGGAGUUGACGCUUGGAGAUUGUGCCAUGACGAAUGUACGUCUACCUGUCGGUUCUGAAAAGUGCUCAGAAAAAGUGGCAGACUGUUUGAACAGGACCAUGAAUCGGAGGUACAAUGUCGCUGUCAAUGUAUACUACUACAGACAGGCUUUAUGGGUCAGACUCAGUGCUCAAAUUUAUCUCGAGCUACAGCAUUUUGAGGCUGCUGGAAGAGUGUUGAGGGAAGUUCUCAUGACAUAUGCUGUAGAUGACUCUAGAUUGAUGGAUUGA